GUUUGGGCAGAAUAGUCCUUUCCAAUUUGCAUUAAAUCUUUAUGAGCAACAAAGGAAGUAUUUCUAUUGAGAGGAAAGAAAAACUUUGGAACUCAGGAAUCUUAAAAGUUCAUCACGUAAAAUGAGUGGAAAAGUACGGCACGGUCUUUCAUACCCAUCCUGGAGAAAUCCAAAAGGUAUGACAAGUUUAUAUGAAUAAUGCAAUUUCAGAGCUACAUUACGUAAAGUGCAGAUAUGUGAGAGCUUUAAGUCAUCACACAGUGUACCCCUCCAUCGGAGCUGAAGUCACUGAUAGAUACUUAUUCCUAGCUUUUUAUUACAGUGUCUUUGAACUUUAUGAAUCUCUGAAACAUUUCUUACUAUGGUAAAAGGCAUGAUGCUGACCUACAUUAGCCAAAAAAAUUACUGUGAAAAUUCCUUUCCUUUUAUGUACCAGGGAACAACCUAGAAGUCAAAAGAAAUUCUACAUUUUCAUCUGAAUUUCAGCAACAGCAGCAGAUGUUAUCCACGUGCUGCAAUGGCUGUGGGAAACACAGUGAGCCGCAAGUAGCCAACCAGAGGUAACACAGGUAUGGAAAACGGUGAUUAAAAUGACUUUGGGUGGCAAAGGUUGUAAUAACCUAGCAAAAGAGAGAUGGAUGAUUGACUACUGCUGAGCUAAUUCCCUACAUUCCCUCAGAGCAGAGAAAUGGGCGUUUCCAUAGGGUGGCUCAUCUCCUCCUUGGUGCAGAAUGGGACAGAGGAGCUGCACGCCCCAAAAUCCCCCUUUUCCCUACAGACCAGAAAAGGGACCCAGGAGGACCAGUCCAGAUGCAGGGGCUCUGCAUGGAGACUACCCAAAGCUAGGUGAGACAAAUCCUUGCCCUCCACGCCCAAAGCUGAAGAGCGUGCCAUCUGCAGACAUAAUCUGCAUCAUCAACAGAGACUCCAAAUCAUCUCAGUUGCAGGUUAGAGACAAGAGGGGCUGAGCUGUGUGCUCACAAUGUGCUCAGCUCUGCGAGAUUUCAUCCAAUGUGUGUUUUCCUUGCAGAACCUCUGCAAAGCUCCUUAGAGAUAUGUCUUCCUGCACAUCAGCCUACUUCCUUACUCCUUCUUAACCCCUGCAAGCGUUUUGACCAGCCCCACCAUGGAAAGCUGCAGCAGCAAUGCUUCCACUAAAGUCUUUUUCUUGGUGGGCUUUCCAGCUCUCCAGGAUUUCCAGACUUCCCUCUUCAUUAUGUUCUUGCUAUUCUUCCUGCUGAUCCUGGUUGGUAAUGCUGUCAUCGUCACCGCGGCUGUGGUUGACCAUACACUCCACAAACCCAUGUACUUUUUCCUGAUUAACCUCUCUGUGUUAGACGUGCUAUUCAUAACCACCACCAUCUCCAAAAUGCUGGCAAUGUUCGUGGACAAUGCUAAAUCCAUCUUGUUUCAGGGCUGUUAUCUGCAGAUGUACAGUUUUCAUGGGUUGAUGGUAAACAAGGCGCUUCUCCUGCUGGUCAUGGCUUACGACCGCUAUGAGGCCACCUGCAACCCCUUUCAUUACCCAGUCAAGCUGACAAGAAGAAUGAACAUCCAGCUGGCAGCGAGCGCCUGGAUCACUGCGCUGAUAAUACCCGUGCCCAUCAUCAUGCAGACCUCUCGGCUGGCUUAUGGACACACAGCCAGGGUUCACCACUGCUUUUGUGACCACCUGGCUGUUGUACAAGCCACGUGCUCAGACUUCAGUGCCGAUUUCCAGACCUUCUUGGGGUUCUCCAUUGCUAUGACAGUGUCGGUCGUCCCUCUGUUGCUCGUCACCCUCUCAUACGUCCACAUCACCCUCUCCGUACUAAAGAUCAACUCCAAAGGAAGACGCAUGAGAGCUUUUUCAACAUGUACUUCCCAUCUGCUCAACAUGUACUUCUCCAUCACUGUGGCGUAUGUGUCCGACAGAGCAGACAUCCCUGUUGAUGUCCAUGUCAUGAGCAACAUUGUCUUCUCUAUUUUGACUCCCUUGUUAAUUUAUACAUUACGGAACAAGGAAGUAAAAUCUGCAGUUAAAAAGUCUAUUCUGAAAAUCUUACCCCUUUAA